CCGAGAUGAGUAAUGCGUUGCCAUACGUGUGGUCGAUUUACAGCACACGAUAACACAGAAUAGGCGCCAUCGUAACAUCACUUGACAAGUGUAUUAUGGUAGUUUGAAAAAAACGUAUUUAAUUUUAAUCUAUCUUUUUUGGUACCCGGAUCGCUCACAAUGCAUCCUAGCAAGGCAAAGAGAAGGGUGAAAUUAAACCGAAUUUGAAGUGCCACACGGGAAAAUGUUCGUAGAGAACUUCCGGCGCGGCUUCCGUGCGCCACUUAUCGUCUUGGCGGUCCCGACUGGAGUCCCAAUGAGGCUGGGGAUAAGCGAGCGCCGUCGUGCACUGUUGAAGACACCUGAACCCUGCUGUGGCAACACAACCAACGUCAAGUCAGCCCUUGGUCGGGCGAGGAGGACAGCAUGACUUCUACAAGGUUAAAAGGGCUCCCAAUUCUAUCCCUGCUCCUCUGGGUGUGUGCAGUGUAUUCUGUGGGACUUUACCUGUUUGUGGGUGGAUUUCUGCUGGUUCGCCUGGAGGUGAACCGCACCAGCACCUGUGCAGACGUACUGGAACCCAGGGGAGAGUCGAGAGACUUUUGCGGGCUACAGCCACGUUUCCGCAGGGCUGUCCUAAUCAUCAUCGACGCCUUGAUGAUCGACUUCGCCCGUUUUGACGCUAACAACACUUCUCCAAUGCCAUUUGAGAACAAGCUGCGUGUGUUUGAGGAGACAGCCUCAUCAAGGCCUGCCCAGUGCCGAUUGUACCCAUUUCGUGCUGACCCACCAACCACCACCAUGCAGAGGAUCAAGGGAUUUACUACUGGAUCUUUACCCACCUUUGUGGAUAUCAGUAAUAACUUUGCAUCUAAUGCCAUCUCGGAGGACAACCUCAUCCACCAGUUUGGUCAAGUUGGAAAACGAGUGGUGUUCAUGGGCGAUGACACUUGGGAGAGUCUUUUCCCAAAUAAAUUUUACCGUUCUCUGCCCUUCCCGUCUUUUAAUUUGAAAGACCUGCACACUGUGGACAACGGGAUCCUUCAAAAUCUCUACACAACUAUGGUGGGUGACAAAUGGGAUGUCCUGGUUGCUCAUUUCCUCGGGGUGGACCACUGUGGUCACACGUUUGGUCCUGACCACCCGGCGAUGGCUGACAAGCUCAUCCAGAUGGAUGGUGUCAUCAGGUCUGUGAUCGAGCAUGUACAGAAUGACACGCUCUUGGUGGUGAUGGGAGAUCAUGGGAUGACAGACACUGGCGAUCAUGGAGGAGAAAGUCAGAAGGAGACUGAUGCAGCUCUGUUCCUUUACAGUUCUGCCCCAUUCUUUCCCUCACCCCCGUCGCAGAAUGAACCAAAUGUGGUGCCCCAGACGGACCUGGUUCCCACCCUGGCCCUGCUGCUUGGAGUGCCUAUUCCAUACAGCAGUGUGGGCCAGGUUCUCUUGCCUUUGUUUCCUCCACAUGGACCCGCUCAAGAUGCAGUUGCGGGUCCCAGCCAGCUAGAGGCGCUGUGGAUCAAUGCAAAACAGGUCAACCGUUUCCUGGCGACGUACUCUGUUAUGGCAAAAGGAAUACCACCUGAGACUCUGGCUCUGCUUAAAGUUCAGUUUGAAAACCUCUCUUCUGAGUACCUCAAAUUUGUCAAAGAGGGACGCUCAUCCUCCCCGGAGCUGUCGGUCGCACUGCAGGCCUACCUCACCUCUGUCCGAGACACAUGCCGAGCCACCUGGGCGCACUUCAACCCGCUUAAAAUGGUAGCUGGUUUAAUCAUCUUGGCGCUUGCCUGCCUGAUGUGUUUCACCGUGUCCGAAAUGUCAUUUGCACUUGUCAGAGAACAUAAUUUCCGACUGAAGGCAGGUGUUUUAGUGGCACUGAUUGUUGGGGUUUGUGUGGCUGCUGGUCAGCUACUCUCAUGGGGCUACAUCGAGCUAGCAUGGUGCAUGGCUGCUACCGCCUUCACUUCUGAGCUCUUCUUCCUGUGCCGGUCGUAUCAGUCCAAGUCAUCCGCUGUGGUUAAGAAUGGAGCUAAAGGUCCAAAGAGUGCAAGUUGGAUGACCCCACAUUAUCUUCUCUCUCCUCCUCUUUUGGUUACACUCCUGCGCUGUGCCUCUUUGCUCUCUGAUAGCUAUGUAAUAGCUGAGGGCCGGGUAGUCACCUUCCUGGUGUUCUCCCUGGCUCUCUGCAUUCCUCUCCGUCUCAAUUGGGAUGGUCUCCUCCUGCCUGCCAGCCAAGACCCUUUGAAACCUACAUUGCUGCUGCCUUCACCUGCCUCACCCCCAUUGACAGUGAAGAAAGAAGGCAGCACUCUCGUAGCCUUCUUCGCUCUCCUUGUUGGAAGCCUCUACUUGUCCCUCUUCUUCCAUAGCUGUCGAGAGGGGCAGCAUACUUGUCAGCCAUCCCCCUUCCUUACGUCCCUCGCUCGGGUGAAGGACAAUCAGCUGAAGAACAUUUUCUACAUCCUCUCAGUCUUCUCCCUAGGCGUGUGGACUUAUUUGUUGAGAAGAUGUCUCCGCUACUAUGGGAACCUAAACUCCUCAGGUGGAACGGUAUUCACGGCCCGCUGGAUCCUACCCCUGCUUUCCGUGUGUGUGGGCCUCCACUGGGCCGUUAGUGCCUCUCCACAGGACAGCUUUAGGAAUUUGGCUGAACUGAUCAACUUAGCCCAGCUGGCUCUCCCCAGGGCUGCCUAUUGUCUCCUGGGACUGGGACUGGCCUUGAUCUGGCUGGAUCCACUCACUGUGUUUGUGAAAAUCAGGCCUGCAAGUAUGACUAAGAGUUGGUCUGUGCCACCGCCACGCUACCGAGCUAGCACUAGUAUCAGCCCCCAAGCUGAGCUUCACCACCUCAUCCCCCAAAUAUACCAGCGCAUGCGCCGCUCACUUGAUGAUGAGACGAGCGGGGGCGGUGAAGUGGACAACAGACCUGCUGUGGAAGCCUACGGCCUAGGGACAGUCUACUCUGCCCCACUGCUUCUGUUCUGUGGGCUGUUGGGAUUAGGUCUCCUGCAGCUGCACCCAGAGGGCAUGGCUCUGUCUUUCCUCCUGCUGCUGUUUGAAAUGGGGGCUCUGCUGCACAUUCACGCCUCCUCCACAACCCUCUGUGACCUGCACAGAGUAUAUUCUGGUGGCUUCAAUGUGCCCUGGACUCCGGUUGUGCUGUGGUCCCUGGCAGCCACUCAGUUCUUCCAUGCAACAGGUCACCUGGCCAGCUUCACUUCCAUUCAUUGGGGAGCAGCCUUUGUGGGAUUCCCCAACGGGCACACAGGGACCUUACUGCCAGCAUCAUUGGUUAUCCUCAACACCUUUGCUUCACACAUCAUGUUUGCAGUGGGAUGUCCGUUGCUGCUGUUUUGGCCCCUGGUGUGUGAGGUUCGUGGAAGCAAGGGGGGAAAAGGUAGUGAGGAAGGAGGCGAGGACGGUGUGAUGGAAAUGAGACUGAGGGAGAAGCCUCAACGCUUCAGCUUGGCUCUCCUGCAACUCUCAACACGCUACCUCUUUGUUCAAGGAGUGCAGGUCUUUGCUUCCGUGUGUGCAGCUGCUAUCCUCAGGAGACACCUAAUGGUGUGGUGGGUUUUCGCACCCAAGUUGAUGUUUGAGGCCUCAGGGUUCCUGGUGAGCUGCGUGUGUUUGCUGCUCGGUGUAUCAUUAGUGCUUAGAGUCGACGUGGCUGUUGGACAUUUUUUCAAGAGACUCAUUCCUGAUGCGUCCAGGUAGCGACGGCCACAUCGCUGCUUUACCAGUGCAGCCCACUAGAGCACACUGUGCCAUAAAAGGAAUCGACAAGGAGGUUAAAUUCGUGUGAUACUUCAAUAUCCAAUGUGAAGGCUCAACCUCAAGACAGAUUUUCCCCAUGUCACAUCUGGGACAUUUUGAUAUAUAUACAUACAUACAUACAUACAUACCAUACAAUACACGCCCCCAUGGAUAAAACACCUCCACAUUUACCGUAUUUUCCGGACUAUAAGUUGCUCCGGAGUAUAAGUCGAACCAGCCAAAAAAUGCAGAAUAAAGAAGGAAAAAACAUAUAUAAGUCGCACUGGAGUAUAAGUCGCAUUUUUUGGGGGAAAUUUAUUUGAUAAAAUCCAACACCAAGAACGUGAAAUUAUAUAAUGCGUUAAUAAUUUCACACAUAAGUCGCUCCGGUGUAUAAGUCGCACCCCCGGCCAAACUAUGAAAAAGAACUGCGACUUAUGGUCCGAAAAAUACGGUAAUAAGGCCAGAUAUCAAUACUUUUCGAAUGUUUUUUUUUCUCUCCAAGUAAUACUGUGCUUUAUUGUACAGUAAUCAGAUAAAUAACAGUUCACACAAAUCUAUGCCUGUCACAGCUGCCUCGGCAAUUAAAUGUAUGAACACUUCAUAACAGACAGAUUUAUACAAAUAUCCAACAGAGUUUCCAACUUGAAGUUACAUUUUCUGAUAAAUCUACCUGGUAGAAGUGACUUGUUGACACCUUCCUUGGUCAUUUAAACUUUAUUAGCUAUUACUACGCACAUGGCACGUGUCACUUGAGCCACAAGUGUGUCAGGAACUCAAGGAAAACAGGCAGUCUUCUUUUGUGGUCGUCACAAAGAAAGAUCCCCCUUUUCGUGUGUGUGUGUGUAUUUUCAAGAUAACGCUGAAGUGUCUGGUCACUGCAAUUUUUAAACCUUAAUUUGAAUCUCAAGAGAUCAUUGAGGGGAAGCCCUCAUUUUUAAUGACUUCGAGGGGACAUAGGGAAGAAUUGAAGAGAUUACUUAAGAAAGAAAGAAUGUUUAAACUCUUAUGAAGGUGUUUGUGUGUGGUUUGGCUCAUGAAUCUGACAUAUUUUAUUUAACAUAGAUUUUUGUCUCUUCUAUUUAUCAUUUAGUAUUUUUACUAAUCAUAAAUAUAGUGUACAAAUUUCAAAUUAAAUAUAUCUUAAUUGUGAUUACAUUGAAUGCCCUUUAUUUUGUAAUGAUGUCAUUAAGGAUCACAACCUUUAUUUUCUAAAUGAUGUGUGAGUCAGCCAGGGUACCAUGUUUUAUGUGCUGCUAAAAGUUUAUUAAGCUAAUGCACAAUAUUGAAGGUAUGUUGAGCUCAGGUUGAAACAAAACUGCAUUCCUAAAGCCGCUGUAUACGGGAAUGUUCUGUGCUGUUUAGAGCAGAGUUUUUCAGCCCAAAAGAUGAUUUAAUCAUUUCACUUUUUUCUCUGCUUAUGUUUUGGAUAAAAUGCAUAAUAUCUGAAGAGCUAAAUGAUUGGAAACGAAUAAACCUUUUACAUUU